AUGGAGAAUAAGAACCACAGUGGCAGUGACUCAGGCUUCAUCCUCCUCGGCAUCUCGUCUAACCCCCAGCUCCAGAAACCCCUCUUUGCCAUCUUCCUCGUCAUGUACCUGGUCACCGUAGUGGGGAAUGUGCUCAUCAUCCUGGCCAUCCGCUGUGACUCUCGCCUCCACACCCCCAUGUACUUCUUCCUCAGCAACCUGUCCUUCAUGGACAUCUGCUUCACGACAGACAUUGUGCCAAAGAUGCUGGUGAAUCUGCUCUCAGAGACAAAGUCCAUCUCCUACGUGGGCUGUCUGGUGCAGAUGUACUUCUUCAUGGCCUUUGGGAACACAGACAGCUACCUCCUGGCCUCGAUGGCCAUAGACAGGCUGGUCGCCAUCUGCAACCCCUUCCAUUAUGAUGUGGUUAUGAGCCCCCGGUGCUGCCUCCUCAUGCUGUUGGGUUCUUGCACCAUCUCCCACCUGCACUCCCUGCUCCGUGUGCUGCUCAUGUCCCGCCUGUCUUUCUGUCGCUCCCAUGUCAUCAGGCACUAUUUUUGUGACACCCAGCCCGUGCUGAAGCUAUCCUGCUCUGACACAUCCUCCAGCCAGAUUGUGGUCUUGACCGAGACCCUAGCUGUCAUUUCAACUCCCUUCCUUUGCAUCCUCUUCUCCUACCUGCGAAUCAUCAUCACAGUGCUCAGAAUCCCCUCUGCAGCUGGGAAGUGGAAAGCCUUCUCCACCUGUGGCUCCCACCUCACUGUCGUGGCCUUGUUCUAUGGGAGCAUCAUUUAUGUCUAUUUUAGGCCACUGUCCAUGUACUCAGUGGUGAAGGACAGGGUGGCCACAGUGAUGUACACAGUAGUCACACCCAUGUUGAACCCUUUCAUCUACAGCUUGAGGAACAAAGAUAUGAAGAGGGGCUUGAGGAAAUUAAGGGACAGAAUUCAUUCAUAG